AGGUGUGAGAGGGUUGCUGUUAUAUUACAAUCAUGGUGCAAAAAUACCAGUCCCCAGUGAGGGUGUACAAAUACCCCUUUGAAUUAAUUAUGGCUGCCUAUGAAAGGAGGUUCCCUACGUGUCCUUUGAUUCCGAUGUUCGUGGGCAGUGACACUGUGAAUGAAUUCAAGAGUGAAGAUGGGGCUAUUCAUGUCAUUGAAAGGCGCUGCAAGCUGGAUGUAGAUGCACCUAGACUGCUGAAGAAGAUUGCAGGAGUUGAUUAUGUUUAUUUUGUCCAGAAAAACUCACUGAAUUCUCGGGAACGUACUUUGCACAUUGAGGCUUAUAAUGAAACGUUUUCCAAUCGGGUCAUCAUUAACGAGCAUUGCUGCUACACCGUUCACCCUGAAAAUGAAGAUUGGACCUGUUUUGAACAGUCUGCAAGUUUAGAUAUUAAGUCUUUCUUUGGUUUUGAAAGUACAGUGGAAAAAAUUGCAAUGAAACAAUAUACCAGCAACAUUAAAAAAGGAAAGGAAAUCAUUGAAUACUACCUUCGCCAGUUAGAAGAAGAAGGCAUAACCUUUGUGCCCCGUUGGACUCCGCCUUCCAUCACGCCCUCUUCAGAGACGUCUUCGUCAUCCUGCAAGAAACAAGCAGUGUCCAUGGCCGUCGUCAUCCCAGACGCUGCCCUCAAGGAGGGGCUGAGUGGUGAUGCCCUCAGCAGCCCCAGCGCACCUGAGCCCGUGGUGGGCACCCCUGACGACAAACUAGAUGCCGACUACAUCAAGAGAUACCUGGGCGAUUUGACUCCGCUGCAGGAGAGCUGCCUCAUUAGACUUCGCCAGUGGCUGCAGGAGACCCACAAGGGCAAAAUUCCAAAAGAUGAGCAUAUUCUUCGGUUCCUCCGUGCACGGGAUUUUAAUAUUGACAAAGCCAGAGAGAUCAUGUGUCAGUCUUUGACGUGGAGAAAGCAGCAUCAGGUAGACUACAUUCUUGAAACCUGGACCCCUCCUCAGGUCCUUCAGGAUUACUACGCGGGAGGCUGGCAUCAUCACGACAAAGAUGGACGGCCCCUCUACGUGCUCAGGCUGGGGCAGAUGGACACCAAAGGCUUGGUGAGAGCGCUCGGGGAGGAAGCCCUGCUGAGAUACGUUCUCUCCAUAAAUGAAGAAGGGCUAAGGCGAUGCGAAGAGAAUACAAAAGUCUUUGGUCGGCCUAUCAGCUCAUGGACCUGCCUGGUGGACUUGGAAGGGCUGAACAUGCGCCACUUGUGGAGACCUGGUGUGAAAGCGCUGCUGCGGAUCAUCGAGGUGGUGGAGGCCAACUACCCUGAGACACUGGGCCGCCUUCUCAUCCUGCGGGCGCCCAGGGUGUUUCCUGUGCUCUGGACGCUGGUUAGUCCGUUCAUUGAUGACAACACCAGAAGGAAGUUCCUCAUUUAUGCAGGAAAUGACUACCAGGGUCCUGGAGGCCUGCUGGAUUACAUCGACAAAGAGAUUAUUCCAGAUUUCCUGAGUGGGGAGUGCAUGUGCGAAGUGCCAGAAGGCGGACUGGUCCCCAAAUCUCUGUACCGGACUGCAGAGGAGCUGGAGAACGAAGACCUCAAGCUCUGGACUGAGACCAUCUACCAGUCUGCAAGCGUCUUCAAAGGAGCUCCACAUGAGAUUCUCAUUCAGAUUGUGGAUGCCUCGUCAGUCAUCACUUGGGAUUUCGACGUGUGCAAAGGGGACAUUGUGUUUAACAUCUAUCACUCCAAGAGGUCGCCACAGCCACCCAAAAAGGACUCGCUGGGAGCCCACAGCAUCACGUCUCCAGGUGGGAACAACGUGCAGCUCAUAGACAAAGUCUGGCAGCUGGGCCGCGACUACAGCAUGGUGGAGUCGCCUCUGAUCUGCAAAGAAGGAGAAAGCGUGCAGGGUUCCCAUGUGACCAGGUGGCCGGGCUUCUACAUCCUGCAGUGGAAAUUCCACAGCAUGCCCGCGUGCGCCGCCAGCAGCCUGCCCCGGGUGGACGACGUGCUCGCGUCCCUGCAGGUCUCUUCGCACAAGUGUAAAGUGAUGUACUACACCGAGGUGAUCGGCUCGGAGGAUUUCAGAGGUUCCAUGACGAGCCUGGAGUCCAGCCACAGCGGCUUCUCCCAGCUGAGCGCCGCCACCACCUCCUCCAGCCAGUCCCACUCCAGCUCCAUGAUCUCCAGAUGGCGAUUUUGCUGACAGCUGCCAAGAAAAUGCUUCACUCAACAGUCCUCAUGUGCCCAGAGAUGUUUAUAGAACUGUUUGAAUUGCAGCCAUCCCCCGCCCCCUCCCAGGCUGAAGACCUGUUCUUUUUAAGUUGAUUCGGGAGUGGCAUUCUUUUAUCCCCAAAGAGUUUAGUGCACCUUGAAGAGCUCAAAGCACAUGACCGCACAAAUGCUUACAGGGGUUCCUCCCGAGUAAUCCAAUCUCACUCCCCUCGUAAGGGAAUUCUGGGGCAGCUGUGGUUUGAGUAUGCAGUUUGCAUCGUGUCUCUACUUUUAGUACCUUGCCACUCUUUUAAAACGCUGCUGUCAUUUCCCAUUUCUUAGUACUAAUGAUUCUCUGAUUCUCCCUCUGUCUUAAUUCACUUUCCUUCCUAAAUUUGUUACUUGCAUAUCAAAUUCUGUAAAUGUUUUGUAAACAUAUUACCUCACUUGGUAAUACAAUACUGAUAGUCUUUAAAAGAUUUUUUUAUUGUUAUCAAUAAUAAAUGUGAACUGUUUAAAGAAAA